GAUCUAACCAAUAAGAAUUGUGUAAAGUAGAGGGGGAAGUACGAAGGGGGCUCUGUCUUUUACAGAGUUAUUUGAUAAAAGCACGUGCUAUUUUGAAUUAUUAUCCCCUGGGUAGUAAAAAGUUGGGAUAAAAUUCGAAAUCCAUACAAGUUUUUGGAAAUUCCGUGUAAUUUCAGUUCAUCAAAUCUAUUUCAGUGCAGUGGUUACGAUGGCUCAAGGUUCUUCCGAAAAUAAUGCGGCUAAAAAAACUGUGAACAUCAAAGAAAACGGAGUUAAAUCUUCAGAAAAAAAUGAGGAAAAUAUUGUUAAGAACAAUAAUGAGGAGCAACUGAAUAAUGAUAAAUUGAUUGAAAAUGGCCAAGAAAACAAAUUAGCCAAAGAUGUGGAAGAGAAGGAGAAAGAUGAAAGCGAGGAUAAGAACAAGGAAGAUGUUUUCAUACAAGAUAUUGGCUUCUCCGUGAAAAUUGUGGCCCCUGGUGCUGAACCUUUUGAUAUUCAGGUAUCUAGCAUGGAAUUGGUCCAAGAAAUUCAUCAAUUACUAAUGGAUCGUGAAGAUACUUGUCAUCGUACAUGCUUUUCAUUACAAGUUGAUGGAAAUACACUUGAUAAUUUUGCUGAAUUAAAAAAUAUAGAGGGUUUGAAGGAGAAUUCUAUAAUUAAAGUAGUAGAAGAACCAUAUACUAUGCGUGAGGCUCGUAUUCAUGUUCGACAUAUUAGAGAUUUGUUAAAAAGUCUUGGUCCAGCUGAUUCAUAUAAUGGAGUUGAGUGCUGUUCAUUAAGUUUUUUGAAUUCUGUUACUCAAGGAGAUAUCUUAGAAAAAAAGAGGACUCGCCCAGAAAGUGUUGACUGUACUCCUCCAGAUUACAUUCUUCCAGAUAAUAAAGAAAGACCACUAUCUCCUCUUCAGCCCCAACUGAAAGAUCAAAAGUCUCCACUGUGUGUGAAGGUUUUGACUACAUCUGCCUGGAAUCCUCCUCCUGGAAAUAGAAAAAUUCAUGGGGAUUUGAUGUAUCUCUAUGUCGUUACUUUAGAAGAUAAACACUACCAUAUAUCUGCUUGUUCAAGGGGAUUUUAUAUAAACCAAUCUACAGCAGAGGAGUUUAAUCCUAAGCCUGCUACCCCUAGUCAUUUGUGCCAUUCACUUAUUGAACUACUUAACCAAAUAUCACCCCAAUUCAAACGUAAUUUCUCAUUACUCCAAAAAAAACGUAGUCAAAGACAUCCCUUUGAGAGAGUUGCAACACCAUAUCAACUUUAUGCUUGGACUGCACCUCUUAUGGAGCAUACUGUAGACGCCAUCAGAGCUGAAGACACAUUUUCAUCAAAACUAGGAUAUGAAGAGCAUAUUCCUGGCCAGACGCGUGACUGGAAUGAGGAGCUUCAAACAACUAGAGAACUACCUCGUAAAACACUACCUGAACGUCUCUUAAGAGAAAGAGCAAUUUUCAAAGUUCACAGUGAUUUUGUUGCCGCAGCUACUAGAGGUGCUAUGGCUGUUAUAGAUGGGAAUGUGAUGGCCAUCAAUCCUGGUGAAGAGGCAAAGAUGCAAAUGUUCAUAUGGAACAACAUUUUCUUCUCCUUAGGAUUUGACGUCAGAGAUCAUUAUAAGGAUUUAGGAGGAGAUGCCGCAGCUUUUGUGGCGCCCAGAAAUGAUCUCCAAGGUGUCAGGGUUUACAGUGCAGUUGAUUUACCUGGACUCUAUACACUAGGAACUGUAGUAAUAGACUAUAGAGGAUAUCGAGUAACAGCACAGUCUAUCAUUCCGGGUAUUUUGGAGAGAGAACAAGAACAGUCUGUUGUAUACGGAUCCAUUGAUUUUGGUAAAACAGUUUUAUCUCAUCCCAAGUAUUUAGAUUUGCUCAAUAAAGCUGGUCAACAGUUGAAAAUUCUUCCACAUCAUGUUAUCAAUGAUAAAGGAGAAAUCGUUGAGUUAUGUUCAAGUGUUGAGUGCAAAGGUAUUAUCGGCAAUGAUGGACGUCAUUACAUUCUAGAUUUAUUGAGAACCUUUCCGCCAGAUGUAAAUUUUUUGAAACUUGAAAAUGAUGAACUUUCAAAAGAAGUUAAACUUCUCGGAUUUCCGAUUGAGCAUAAACACAAGCUCUGUUGCCUUCGUCAGGAAUUACUUGAAAGUUUCAUUGACUCUCGAUAUAUGAUGUUUAUCAAAUUCGCCGCCUACCAUCUGCAACAGUUAAAUCUAAGAAAGGCGGAAGAAAAACAGGAAAAAGACAAAGCAAUAGAAUCUGCCGCAGAAGAAGAUAAGGACGGAGUUGAUGAGAAUAAAAAAGAUGACACUAAGGAGAAAAAUAGUAAAUCCUUGAAGAAGGGCCAGAUAGAAGAGGAAGAGGCUAAAAAAAUAGUUGAGAGCGUAACAGGAACUAGUAAAAUUGAAUUGGAAGAAAGUACCAAGGACAUUGUUAAGACAGCAGCAGUUGCUGUUGGUUCUUUAAAAGAAACAGAAUUCGAUAUAAGAUUCAAUCCAGAUAUAUAUUCUGCUGGCAUCAGACAUUCUGACAGUUUGGAUCCCCCAAUUACGAAGCAGAGACAACUGGUUAAAGAUGCAGCUGAAUAUUUACUAACUGUACAAAUACCAACAUUUAUUAGAGAUUGCUUAGAUCAUUCUGCUGCUCCGAUGGAUGGUGCUACCUUGUCAGAAUCAAUGCAUACCAGAGGAAUUAACAUCAGAUAUCUUGGUAAAGUCACAAAUCUCUUGGGUAAAGUGAAACAGUUGGAAUACUUGUAUAGUAUAGCUGUUGGAGAACUAAUCUUGAGGUCUGUCAAGCACAUAUUCACAGUAUAUUUGCAGGGAUGUGAAAUGAUGAAUUUGUCUGUUGCUAUUGCUCACUUCUUGAAUUGUUUCCUGUAUUCUGGAGUUGUAUCAAAUCCAUUGCAAGGAAUUGACGAGUUUCAUGGACGUAACAACAAAAAACGCAACAAGCGUAGAGGCAAAUCUAAUCCUCUAUCUUGCAAUGAUAGCACUGAAUGGGCAAAUUUCACAUCGAAAAGUUUGUGGAAUCAGAUCAAGCAAGAAGUGAAAUCGUAUUAUGAUUUUGAUCUUGCUUGUUCCGAUAUUGAAAGUGCUUUGGAGCAGUAUUCUUUGCAGAAAAUCUCAUUAUUGAGAGGUUUUUGCAUUAAGACAGGUUUACAGAUCUUGCUGAAAGAUUAUAAUUUCGAAUCCAAAAACAAACCAAUCUUUUUCGAAGAAGAUAUCCAGAAUAUCUUCCCGAUUGUCAAGCAUAUUAAUCCAAAAGCAACAGAUGCUUACAAUUUUUAUACCACAGGUCAAAGUAAAAUUCAACAAGGCUACUUAAAAGACGGUUAUGAACUAAUCACAGAAGCCCUUAAUUUACUAAAUAAUGUCUAUGGAGCUAUGCAUCCUGAAAUCGCUCAAUGUUUGAGGAUGAUCGCAAGAUUGAAUUAUAUUAUGGGUGAACAUACAGAAGCGAUGGCUUAUCAGCAAAAGGCAGUUCUGAUGUCUGAAAGAGUAAAUGGCAUUGACCAUCCAUACACAAUUACCGAAUAUGCUCAUCUUGCCUUAUACUGUUUUGCAAAUAGCCAAAUAUCCACUGCCCUAAAACUUUUAUACAGAGCCAGAUAUCUUGCUAUAUUAGUAUGUGGUGAGAACCAUCCAGAAGUGGCCUUGUUAGAUAGCAAUAUAAGCCUAAUACUUCAUGCAGUUGGAGAAUAUGAACUAUCAUUACGUUUCUUAGAAAAGGCUUUGGCACUAAAUAUCAAAUAUUAUGGAGCCAAGUCCAUGAAAGUCGCUGUUAACUAUCAUUUAGUGGCUAGAACGCAGAGUUGUAUGGGUAACUUCAGAUCUGCACUCAACAAUGAAAAGGAAGCUUAUACAAUUUAUAAACAACAACUGGGUGAGAAUCAUGAAAAAACCAAAGAAUCUUCUGAAUGCUUGAAACACCUCACCCAACAAGCAGUGGUACUUCAGAAAAAAAUGAACGAAAUUUGCACUGGUAAAAAUGGAUCCUCGUUACCUCCUAUCCAAAUUCAACCCCCUUCUAUGGGAUCUGUUUUGGACAUGUUAAACGUGAUUAAUGGUAUUCUAUUUGUUCAAAUAAGCCACGAAGAUAUAGAACAUUUUAAAGCAGAAAUAGAAAAGAGACAACUAACAGAGGAAUCUGAAAAUCAACCUCAAUCCAAAUUAGGGACAGUUGAAAGUCGUUAGUUGUGGUAAUAUUUUUGAUCAUUAAUCAUGCUAGAACAAAUAUUUAGUUUGAAAUGGUAGAAUUUGCUCUUGGAAUUUUUGGCAGCGUGCAACCAUUGCGAUAAAUCUCGAAAAUUUGAAAUAAUUUUAUUGUUUCAAGGUAUACUAUAGUUGUUGAACAACAAAUUGUUGGUGACUGUUAUUAUUAUGUUAGGUGAAUUUAUUUUAAUUUUUGUCUGCUGUAAUGAAACUUAUUGACAGUGAAAAAUUGGUUGGAAGUUAAAAUCUUCUCAAUUGAUAGGUGGAGUGCUCAAACUUUAAUUGCUACUCUUAACUUUCCACAAUUAUUUUGGAUUUAGCUGAAAGAAUAAUUCUGCACUUAAUAAACUUUUUUCUUGAUUUUCUUCCUCAGACUAAUGUUCUGCUAUUGCAGUUCAAAAUUAUUACAUUUCAAUAAAAUGUAUUCCUUUUUGAAUAAUUUAAACGUCAAAGGUUGGCCUAAAAAUUUGACAUAAGAUGUUGAAACAAAUAUAUGUUUAUUGUUACUGGAAUUCUCCAUUUCCAGAAUGACUAGUUCAGAGAAAAUGAUUGGAAUUAUAUCUCUACAAGUUAUUAUAGUAACUAUGUACCUCACUUCAUUUAUUAAAAUAAACUAUCAUUAGUAUAAAUAGUUCAUAAUCUAAAAAUGCCUUCAUUGUCAAUUUUUUAAGAAAUUUUUGUUAUAGCUUUUGAUCCUUUUUUGUUAGAAGUUGGUACCUGCAAUUGUUAUUGGGUCACUGUAUCUUAUCUCAAAGUUGUUUUUCUUAUAGUGCAAUAUGAUGAUUGAACUCUUCUACAAAUUCUAGAGGGGGUUAACUACAAAAUACUGAAAACCCCUUUAUGCUUCUUUAAUGCCAAAGUUUAAAAAAUCAAUAUUUAUUAUUGAAACAUUUUUCAAGAAUCGCAAUUUCAUAUGAAUACUGAAGACACCUGUUUUCAGAAAUGGUGUACGUUGCUGAAUCAUUUUGUGAAAGAUUUUAAUGUCAUAUGUGACAUUGUUUUCUAUUAUUUUGUAAUCCUUAUUUUGUUAUUAAAUAAAACUGAUUACUCGUAA